CGUUAUAGUAACUAAUACUGCCCUCCCGACGCUUCUGUACUAUAUAAACGACCGUCAAAUCAGAAUAUGGCUUACGCAAACGUUGCAAUAGCCCCUUCUUCCCGUUCUCGAUUCGUCUUGGACGAACGCCUUAUUCAAGAGCUUGCAGACACUCUCUGCAAUACUGUCCGCGAAGCUCUGGACGAUUACCUCGGCAAUAGCCGUCAAUCGGUAAUACUAUUGACCCCUUCUCUGGCUCCUGCAGAGCCUUUAUCGCCUCCCAAAGAGCUUCUAUUGCCUUGCUCUCCUGCGAUCGAACCUCUUGCCAAUAAAUCGAACUCCUGCCUCGACUGCUCUCCUAUCGAUAAGCCUCCUUCCGUCCAACUUGACGUCCCUGUACACUCUAUACAGCCUCGACUGCCCCCUCUGCCGACCUUCUGCCGUCUCCUGCAUACGCAGACGACCCCUCUCCUCCUCCCCUGCACUCCUAGCGCUUCGAUUUUAUAUAUAUCGUGGUGCUUAGAUAAGCCUUGUACUUCUACUGGUACUGUUCUGGUAGAGUUUAG